CGGCGGAAACAGCAGCAGCCUUGCGGCCCAAGCUCCAUCUCCCGCCGCCUCCUCCUUUCCCUCUCCUCCUCCUCCUUCUCCCUCAUGACGGUUUGGUGCUGCCGGUGCUCCCUGGCCAGCCAUUUCAGAAACUAUUGUAGCUCUGAAACUGAAGGACGCUUUUUGAAUUCAUUAGUACAGUAUUUUGAUGACAGCCUUGGGACAAAUGUUAAAACAAUGCCCUUAUUAGAAGAAACUACUCUGCCUGUGGAUCCACCACUGACUUUGCCAAUGGUGGUAAUAGGUAAUGGACCUUCAGGAAUUUGCCUAUCUUACAUGCUGUCUGGAUAUAGACCAUAUUUGUCUCCUGAAGCUGAGCAUCCAAAUCUUAUUUUGCAUAACAAAUUAAAAGAAGCCGGUCAUCUCUCUCUUGUUGAUCAAGAGCUAGAGUACUUGGCUGAAGGCCUAGAAGGACGCUCUUCGAAUCCUGUUGCAGUUCUUUUUGACACACUGCUUCAUCCUGAUGCUGACUUUGGAUUUAACUAUCCAUCUGUUCUUCAUUGGAAACUUGAACCACAUCAUCAUAUCCCUCAUAUAGUGCUUGGCAAAGGACCACCUGGUGGGGCUUGGCAUUCUAUGGAAGGUUCUAUGCUGACAAUCAGCUUUGGAGACUGGAUGGAAUUACCAGGAUACACAUUUAAAGACUGGACCUCUAAUAAGCGAAGAAAUAUAAAGUGUGACAGAGUUCUGCCCGAAGAGAUUGCCAGCUAUUACAAGCACUAUGUUAAAGUCAUGGGCCUACAAAAGAACUUCAAAGAAAACACCUACAUAACAUCUGUAUCAAGACUUUACCGAGACCAAGAUCAUGAAGAUGUAAGCCAAGUGACCAAAGAUGUUUUGCCACAACAUUUGCAGCUGGAAGAGCAAGGUGGGCAGACUACACUAAUCAAGAGAAAUUGGGAAGUCAGAGGGUAUCAGAGAGCAGCAGAUGGCUCUCAUGUGCCAUUCUUUUUGUUUGCUGAGAACGUGGCUCUUGCCACUGGCACUUUUGAUGCUCCUGGGCGGCUCCAAGUUGAAGGAGAAGACUUCCCUUUUGUGCUGCAUUCAGUAGCUGAGUUUAGCGCUGCCAUCAACAAAGGAAAAUUACGUGGGAAAUCUGAUCCUGUCUUAAUAAUAGGUGGUGGACUUUCAGCAGCUGAUGCAGUUUUGUGUGCUUACAACAACAACAUUACUGUAGUACAUGCAUUCCGUAGGAGGGUCACUGAUCCAAGUUUAAUUUUCAAACAGUUGCCUAAAAAGAUUUACCCAGAAUACCAUAAGGUGUAUCAUAUGAUGUGUACUCAGUCAGUUACUACGGACUAUAAUUUGCAUCCUGCCUAUACCAGUUUUCCUGAACAUCGGGUACUUUCAUUUCAGCCAGAUAUGAAGUGUGUCCUUCAGAGUGCCUCUGGACUGAAGAAAAUCUUAAAGAUUUCUGUAGCCUUAGUAUUAAUAGGUUCACAUCCUAACUUAUGCUUCUUAAAGGACCAAGGCCAGGGCAUAGGCCAUAAUUCAAAUGAACCAAUUACUUGCAAAGGUAAUCCCAUUGAAAUCGACCCAUAUACUUACGAGUGCACAAAGGAACCCAAUCUUUUUGCAGUAGGUCCGCUGAUUGGAGACAAUUUUGUACGCUUUUUAAAAGGGGGGGCACUGGGUAUUACACAGUGUUUGGUUGCAAAGCAGAAGAAGAAACAUCAGCUGAUAGCUGAAAGAGAAAGAGAUGGAGUACCCUAGAACAAACAGCCAUAGACAUUAUCUAAAGAACUACAGACAUAAUGCUAACAAAUGAUCCGUUAACAUCUACAGUUAUUGGCAGCCUUGUUUUCGUUACACAUACCAGUCUUUCAUGCUUGCAUUGCCUCAUAGAGGAGGAUGAUAUUCCAGCCUUUGCAAAGUGCAAAAGCACUGCCUGUUUUUUCUGGACUUGCUUCCAGUUAAAGUAAUAGUUAAUUAUGAUAACUCAUUCUGAUUUGUUUUGGUUUCAUACCCUAGCGAGCAAAUUUAGCACUCAAGAAAAAAGAGUUUCUGCCCAUUCGCUUAUUGUUUAACUAAACUAUACAAAACUAGACCCGAGUCUUAAGAAGAGAACCUUCUCUGUAAGAUAAAGCAAAAUGUUCACCAGUUUGUUGAUAGAAAAAACUUCUAUUUAUCUUGCUUUGGUCAUUGUGACAAUUCUAUUAUCCCGAUACCUUUUAAAUGCCUAGAAAAUAAAGAACUUUUUCCCCAAAUAGAAAUCAAACUACCCUAGAUGCAGCUUGCAUUGAUAAUUGGAAGCAAUUUUUGUAACAAUGCCAACAUACUAUAUAAAAAAAAACAUGGUGCAUUGAUUUGGCCUGUACUGUAUAAUGGUAUAAAACAAAGUGCUGCUUCAAGUGCACUUACUACAUUAUUAUGAAAGAUACAAUGAAUUUACUACUGUCAUUCAAGCAUUAAUGGAAAGUAGCCUGCUGUGUCACAGUACAAUUAGUUUUGGAGAUCUGAGCAUCUACAGUGUGCCUAAUUUCUCAUAUCUGAAACAAGUACAGUGGGUGUUCUGGAAACACCAGUCACUGAAAACGCACUGUCCAAAGAUAGCUAAUAGAGAUUUCAACCUGCUGGUCAUCCAAAGCAUAUUUAAAUGGGGAACAACCUAUAUUUUCUUGCAAAUUUUACUACUGCUACUUGCUAUAAUAGCUCUCAAAGCUAAAAGGCGAAAUUGGUUUGUUAGCUUUGGGAGCUGUAGUAAUAGAAACAAAGGCAGCAUGUUCCCUUACAUGCUCCUAAGUGAUUUUAGUGAAUCAUGUCCAUAGUUAAACUCUAAAAAAAAUUGAUUUCAAUGGGUAUAAAGCAUACUUUUAAAAACUGGAUUUAUCUACUGACUUCAGUCCCUGUGAAUACAUGUCAAAUGUGCAUGCACAACAGAUGUUUUCCCCAAAUCAUCAUUCCAACCCCUCAAAUAUUUUUUGAAGUAUGGAAUUGGUUCUCUAAAGAUAACUAUUGAAAUCUUCACUAUUUGCUAACAAUUAAGCAUGGCAAGGUGAGCAACGCAUAAUUCAACAACACUGUGUCACUUUUAUGGAACUAAAAAUUAGGAUAUAAAUAACUUUUAACAAGGUGGAGGAUAUUUAACUUGGAUUCCCCUCCCCCCUCGUGUACUGCAAAAUGCAGAAAAUAAUAGCUCUGAGUUCAAGAUGCAUGUGGAAUUUAAAGGUUGUUCAGUACUCCUAAUUUCAGAUACACCAAUUUACCUUUUACAAAUUAGCUUUCUUUCCAUUUCAGGGGCUGAAUAUAACAAACUAAAACUCAUGUUCAUUCAGAAAUUUUCAAGGUUUUCCAACAUAUUUUCAAUAAAAGCAUGGCAUUCCUAAAGUUGCCUUUUCUCUCUGUCUAUCACGCACACUUAACACUGUUUCUCUCUGGAUGCCUAUAUUUUGUGCCUAUCAGUUGGAGUCAGAAUUACUAAAAUUAUGCUGGCAAACUCAGGUUUGUGGCCCCAGUCUGACACGCACACAAAUCAAAUUCAUAGUAAGCCAAAGAGAUGAUUCACUGUGUGCAAAAACAGAUUGUGUAUAAAUCAGGGUUCCUUUGGUUUUUCACAAAUACUCCUUCCAAGCAUCUGACCACUUAACUGUUAGGCAGUUUCAAAGACAGAUUGGUUGUAUGCCUAUAUUCAGAUUAAAAUGUACAGUGACCAUGAUUCAAGUAUAUUCAUACAUCUCAUCAUUAGGUACUUGUAUGCACAUGGAUCAUAACUACAAUAUAAUUUUUGGCCACAACCUGCCCUUUUAAAGCGUGAAAUAAUUUAAUAAUACAAAAGAAUGAAAAAGGUAACUUCCCAGAGCUAAUUCUACACAGCAUUGUUACCUGCUUAUACUUUAGCAUAACUAAGAUUGCAUAGUGAUUAACAUUCCCCCUUUUAGGCAUGUUGCUAGUGCACAAAGUUUUAGGAAUAAAAUAUUUCUAAAGGAAGCAGGAAUGUAUAUUAUUUAAUUUGGUUGGUCUGAAUCACCUACGGGUUUUGAAUGUAGUUGUGUUGUUUCAUUAACCUUUACAAUAAACCAUAUUAAUGUCCUUGA